AGAGGCUAUACUAGGUUUACUUUUCAGGGAAUCCAGGCUCGUCCUACGUCUUUGAAAAACUCUUAUAUAAGACCUUUCCUGGAUUGGGUGCAAUGAUCACCAAGAAAAUAGCAACACCGGAAAGAAGAAAGAUCUAGUUUCAAUUAGGAGCUAGAAUGGCGGACAUGCAACUAGUUGUAGCCAGCAAGAGAGUAGAGCCGCAGUACGUGGAGAUGAUGGUGCCUUUGUAUUCUUACGGGUGCGAAAGGAAAGUCAAAAAGACUUUGUCCCAUCUCAAAGGAAUAUAUUCAGUGACCGUGGAAUACGAUCAACAAAAGGUGACAGUAUGGGGAAUAUGCAACAAAUACAGCGUGCUAUCAACGAUGAGAAGCAAAAGAAAAGAAGCUCGGUUUUGGAAACCCGAAGACAACGUCGAGAUGGAAGAUGACGAGGAGGAAGAGCCGUCACCGUCUCUUCCUCGUAAGGGAUUCAACAAGCCUUCUUUGGCUCUAAUGAAGGCUCGAUCUCUAAGCUGGAAAGCAUGGAAAAAAGUAUUCGCCCGCUCCCUUUCUUUCUAAUUGAGGAUUUUACAUGACAUUGCAUGCAUGCAUGUCUUGAUGUUUUUCCAAAACAAGGAAAACGGAAAUGAGUGUAAAUUUUGAUAUUAUCUAUGUUUUCUUCUCUCAUUUUGUAAAUAAAUUUCGGCUUCAAGAUA